CCGAAAACGCAAGCAAGUUUUGGGAUUGCAGGUGUAUUUUUUUGUUUUGGACAAACAUGAGACUAAUAGCAUUGAUCCUUCUUCUGGCUGUCAUUUCAGGCUGCCAGGCAUCUUCGGAGAUCCAGGAUGACCUCGAGGAAAAGUGGGAAGAGGGCGUGGACAAGCUCUGGGAGUACCUUUAUGGGCGCCGAACUACGCCAACAGCAACAGCAACGACAACACCAACACCAACGCCGACACCAACGCCAACACCGACAGAGACACCGACAGAGACACCGACAGAGACACCAACACCAACACCGACACCAGCACCAACACCAACACCGACACCAGAACCAACAGGAACCCCUGGUCCGGUAGAGGAACUCCAGAACCUGGUCGAAGACGCCAUGGAGGACCUGAAUGAGUUGAGGGAGGACCUGGCCAAGAGGCUCGGGCCGCUGGUUCAGGACAUGGCCGACAGGGUGCGGGAGGACAUCAAGCGGCUCUUCGCCAAGGUCCGCGAGGACCUGGAGGAGGCCACGAACCGCGCCAAGGAGUACGGCGAGGAGGUCAAGAACCUGAUGCAGGACGACGGCGAAGGCGUCAGCGACAAGUUCAAGGAGUUCGACCGUCGACUGAGGAAGCGCCUCGCCAAGGACAUGGAGGACAUGCAGAAGACCGUGUCCGAUUACUUUAAGGACGUGGCGUCGAAGGCCCAGGAGGAAAUAGACGAAGCGAAGGACCGCCUCGAGCCCUUCUUCCGCAAGCUGCGCGACCGCGCCAAGGAGAAGCUGGACUCCAUCCUCGAGCAGCUGAAGGAGAAGACCCAGGGCCUCCGCGAGAAGGUGGAGAAGGCGGCCGAGGACACCCGCUCCACGCUGCAGAGGUGGUUCCAGCCCGUGGUCGACUUCUUCAAGUCCCUGGGCUAGGGAGGGAAGGGGCGAGAGGGAAGUCCGGUGGCCCCCCGGGGACGGGGACCAGGCGGGCGCGAUUUCCCUCUCGCUGCCGUGAACAGUUGGGUCAGAUCAGCUCGCCCACCCACAAACCCCAGCCCCGACCCGUUCAGCUUGUAAACUUUUCAUUCCCGUCCGGGAUCGUUGACUAAUGGUCAAAAGAUGCCUGUGCUGUUAAUUCUGCGACCCUCUAAAGGUGUAAGAUCACAAAUACGCGAUUAUACCGUUCGUAACUGAACAUUCUGAUGCUGAUAUAAAAAUUACCACUGGCAGUUGCGUUCUAGAACAUGACUGGAAAUAAGAAAACGCUACUCUUCAAUGGCUUAAGGUAUGAGAUGACAAAUAUGUGA